AAAAUUUGUGCUGAAAUUUUUUAUCCUUAGAAAAUUAUUAUUAUUGAGAAUUGUUUUCGAUUACAAUUAUUGAUUUCGAAGUUUCUCAAGCAUAAUUCAUUGUUGCAAACACUAUGAAUCCAACGCCCAAUCAGAAUUCUCAAAGUGGUUUUGUUCCUGGUCGUGGAGUUCCAUUAUAUCCUGGAACCAGGCCAUUGAUGACAGGUUUUCAACCGCUGCAAUAUAUAAACUAUCCUCAUUAUAGUUACAAUUCUUUUCUUCGGGCCAGUUAUCAAUAUCCCGGGAUGCAUGGUUUACCGAAUACUAGUAAUAAUAGUUAUAUGCCUGUUUCUGUUAAUGCUAUUAAUCAUCCAACAUAUUCCAUGUAUUCACAUCAAAUCUCGAAUAAUAUGACUAUGGUUAAUCAAUCUAAAGAUCCAAAACAGCAACAGCUGCAAAAUCCUUCGAAUAAUACUGCUCAAGAUCAAAAUAAAAUUUUAUCUUCGAACACUUCAGCUAAUUCCUCUAAAGAAUUUGAUCGUCAAAAGUUUAAAGAAGAACUUCUUUGUAAAAAUGGACGUGAGAAAGAAUGGCACUUGCGUUUGUUGGAAAAUGAUCGAAAACAAGUGGAAAACAUGAUGGAAGAAGCUGUUGAAUUACAAAUACAUUUUCAAAAUUUCCAGCGUGAAUUCAACCAAAUAUCACAAACAUCAUCAACAAUGAGUGCUGAAGCAUUGCAAAAUUUCAAUCUGUGGAAUAGCUGGAAGGAAAAUUUGCUUGCACGUCGUGAUCAAACAUUUGCCUUGCAAGAAGAAAGAUUGGCCAAAUUUUAUCAAAAAGUACGUCUCAAUGUCCCAAUAAUCGUUGAACAGCCAAUUGCUGCAACAUCAACGGAAUCUGUUAAACCCUCUCAUAUCGAAUUAAUCAAUCACCCACCUGAACAGCAAGAUAAAGAAAGUCAACCUUUGGCAACAUCUCCAAUGCCAAAAAUCAAGGAAGAAUCUUUAAAUCUUUUAUCAGAUAAUGUUAAAAUUCCUUCUGAUAAACAAAAAUCUUUGAUAGUACCACCAACUACUCUAUCGAAAAUUGACAAGACAAAAAUAAAAAAUGUUAUUGAUGCAAAAUUUAUGUCAUCAGUGCAAAGUGCUUUGAAUUAUCAAGAAAAGAUUAAUCGAAAUUCAUUGUUUAUAUUAGAGAAUAAGGAAUUCACAAAAUCAUUGAAUGAUUUUGCCUUUCUUCGCAAUCAAAUAAGUUUCAUUGAUAACUUGAUAUCAUUAGCCAGAUCAAAACCUUUUGAAAAUAAAGCAAAACAUCCCGAUUCGAAAACGACACCGGUUCCAAUUACGAAGUCGACAGUAAAUACGGCGGUUCAACCGAUAAAUAUUUCGAAAAAUCUCAUGUCAAAACCGAAUACAUUACCAAAUGUCCCAACUUCUAAACCCAAUCAGGUAUCUGCUUCUACAAGCUCUAAGCCAGGCCCUGAAUCAACUUCUACAACUUCAAUGUUGAAACAAGCUCGGCAGACUAAUUCGGAAACCUCACCACAGAAAAAAAUAAAUCCGAAAUCUGCACCAAAAACUCCAAUAAAGGCUCCUAAUUCAUCAAAACCUGAUCCUAUUGAUCAAAUUCAAACAAUCAAAAUUCAAAUCACACAUCCAGGUCAGCGUAAAGUUACUAGUGAUAUAAAAAUUGAUAAUAAAGCCAUUGAUCAUACGGUAAGUUCAUUGAGUAAAAAUCCGGCAAUCGAAGCAUCGAAAUCAACAACUGCUACAGUCGCUUCCAAUUCAAAAGAUCAACCUCGAACCAAUAAUAUUCAAGUUCCAAUUGUACAUAACGAUUCUCGUAAUUCAAGAAAAAAUGGUGAUACCAGAAGAAAUCGAAAUAAUAAUAUAUCGUUGAUUACUAAGAAACCGGAAACUAUUUACCAAUCGUCAUUGAUUCCAUCAAAAACGCAUCUCCCACCAUCUACUUCAUAUUAUAUGCCGGAAUCACAACCUAUUUUUGAUCCAAAGAAUAGUUUGCCUUCUCAAGCAUCAUUACAAACAUCUUCAUCCAUGUUAAAUACAUAUGCUAGAAAUGAUAACCCCAUUCCAUCAUUGUCAGCACAAGAUAUGAACAGUUUCAUCAAACGUGAACAAAAAAGUCUUGAAGAUUUUCAAACCAAACCUUCACAUUCAUAUGAAGAUCCAAAUUUUUUCACUGUACCGAGAAAAUAUUCGGAAGACCCAUUAUCCAUAAAAGAUUUAUUGGAUUUUCCAGGUCGUUCAUAUCGUCCAUCCAAGAUCGUGUUCAUUAUUCGCGGCUUACCAGGAUCUGGAAAAACACAUCUAGCUCGAUUGAUAAAAGAAAAUGAAGAAGCGAAUUCUCAACUCACUAAAAUACGCUUGAUUAGUAUGGACAAUUAUUAUUUGAGUGAACUUGAUGAUCACGAUCGUUAUCGUAAUGAUAAUGGAAUAUCUCGAUCACCACCUAUGAGGACUUAUGAUUUUGAUCCAUCCAAAGAAAUUCAAUAUAAAUUUAUGUUUUUCAGAGAUUUUAGGGAAAUUAUAACUGCAGGUUCUUACAAUUUUAUUAUACUUGAUUCAGUCAAUUCAACUAUAAAUGAUGUGCGAAAUUUUUAUACAUGUGCCAUCGAAAAAAAUUAUAUUCCGUAUGUAAUCGAAAUGGAAGCCAUCGUACGACGAUUAUUAGACUAUUGUACAGACUGUGAAGAAAUUAUUGCUUAUUGUUAUAAGCAUAAUCAACACGGACGUUCAUUGGCUGAAAUUCGAUCUCUUUAUAACGAAUGGCAAAUACUGCCUGAACAAUAUCUUCGUGUAAAUGCCUUUCCAUUGAUGGAAAAAAGUCCCAAAGUAAUUAAAUCGCCGCCAUCAACUAGAAUCAUAAUAAAUGAAAAUGAUCUAACUACAAUAUCGAUUCCAAAUCAAUCAACACAAACGGAUUCUUAUUCAAAAUGGAUGAAUAAUCCUCCUCCUCCUCCCACUAUAGCAACGUCAUUGUCUUCAUCAGAUUAUUACCAACAACAAUCAUCACAACAGCAACAAUCGAAUGAAAUAGUAUCAUCAAAUUACCAUUCGAAUUUCUCAUCACUGCCAUCAACAAUAAUAUCAUCACCAAGAACACGUUACUAUGAUGAUAAUGAUAAUGAUUUUGAAGAACGGAAUAAUCGAUUGCCAAAACGAUCACGUUUUGAUGACGGAAAUAAUAUAACAAUGAUGGGCACAGAUUCGAAUCCAAACCAGUGGCCAAAAUCAAAUGAAAGUCUUGCAUAUCCGCAUCAAUCUGCUAGUUAUUCUUCAACGUACUAUCAUGGUUCAGAUCGAAGAUAUUAUUAAUUGGUAAACAAGAUUUUAUACAAACAAUUUUUAUUCUUUCGGCUUUUUUUGAAAAAAAUGAAAGGCCAAAAGAAAAAUUGAUUUAUUAUUAAACUUCUUUUUUAAUUUUAUAAAAUGAGUACGUGAGUUAUAAAUUUAGCUAAAUUAAAAAAAAACUUAUAUGGAUGAUUAACUUCA